AUGUCUAUCUGCACACUGUAUGUGCGCAAUUUGAACGAACGGCUUUCGCACCAGAAGCUCCGCUCGGCGCUGGAGCAGCUGUUUAGCGAACUUGGCAUACCUAUCCAAGAAAUUAAGCUGUUCAAAAAUCUACAAUUAAGAGGACAGGCUUUUAUUACGCUAAAGUCGCACGAGGACUGCGUGCGUGCGAUUGAACACCUCAACACGAAAGUCAUUUUUGACAAGCCAAUGGACAUGUAUAUUGCGAAAACCAACAGCGACCUUGCGGUACAGGAACAUAUGGAACAGUCCGCGUAUGAGCAAUAUCUACAAGAACAGCGCGCACAGAGAUUGGAGAAACGAACCAAGAAACGCAAGUCGACGCUACAGACGCCUACGAUGGCUAAGAAACGCAAGAUUCCAGGAGCCAGGGCUGCAGAACCUCAUAAAAUCUUGUUGGUCACCAACGUCCCCAGCUCGGCUACCAGAGAUCAGGUGGAAUCUAUCUUCGAGAAGUUUACUGGUUUCCUGAACGUGAACAUCGUGCACAUCCGAAACCUCGCGCUUGUGGAAUUCCGCUCAGACCUUGAGUCGGCGCGGUGUCUGGAAAGUCUGGGAACCUCGAUAAAAAUCAAUGAUACAGACUGCUACCUACAGUUCGCCAAAAAAUAA